AUGUCUUCUAAAAGUGCUGGGAAGAUGGUCCUCAGGGUCCUUGGCGAUACAAGCGUUCACGCUGUCGAAAAGAUGAGUGGCAAACAUUGGAAACCCCUCAUCGUGGAUAUGUCGCAUGCAGCGAAGGAAACUUUUCCAGAAGCAGAUGCCGUUAGAUUCCACGGAAGCAAGGCGCACCAGUCUCACACCAACCCUGAUCACUCGAACGUACUCAGUUUCUCUGUAACGAAUGCGAAGGAGAAAAGGAUUGCGAGCGGCCACCUCCACGAGAACGGAAACAUCGACUGGGCCGUCGCAAGAGAGAAAGCUAAAGAUAAGGGCAAGCUAAAGACCAAAGGCAAGGGUGGGAGCUCUCGAUCCCAGUCCGACCCGAGCCUACAGUGGGAGCUUGAUGAAAAUGGACAGGUCUUGUGGUGGGACGGCGAGAACUGGCAGAAUGGAGAAUGGAACGAAGAAAAUAAAUCGUGGUAUGCGUAUUACGACGGAGAGUGGGUUGCCUUGAAGUAG